AUGCACACAUACGCACACACAUACAUACAUACAUGCAACCAACAGGUCGCCACUGACGCCUGGACUGUCCGUCGCGGCGAAAUCUCGGGCAUAAGGCCUUCCCUUUCUGCCGCUGUCUUCCCUGGAGUGCCCUCCGGCAACCCGCCCUCGGUUAAUGUUAGUUAUACCAUCAACGGUACCUACAACCGCCCGGGAUACCAUUUCGGCUACGCCGACUGGGACUCCCCAGUUUGGCAAUCCACCGGGCUCUACGCGCUGCCGGGCCAGGCCAUCACCGUUACCUUGUCGACCUUGAGUGCCGUGGGGAGGGGGCUGCAAGUGCAGAUCGGUGCCCACACGGACGACCUGACCGGCAAGACGACCUGGUACCGAGUGCCCCACAUCGUCAAUCGCUUUGACUUGAAUACCACAGUAACCUCCGCCGCGAACCCCCUGGGGGGUCCCGUGUUCAUUUUGGUUCCCGUGGGAGCUACCCUGGGAAGUGUGCAGAUUACCAUCGGGGGUGCCAUUCGGGCGCCGUACUUCCGUCUGAAUGUAACUCAGCUGAACGAUUGGAACAGUACCAUCCGGAAUUACCCGGCGCCUUGGGCCGAGCUGGACAGUGGGAAGUUGGUGCUCAUGCUGCCCUCCAGGGCUAUUCGUAACAUCACCAACCCAGUUCCGUUGCUGGAGCACUGGAAUCUGGUCAUGGACCAUAUGGCGAACCUUGCCAACAUAACCAGCGCUCGAGCACGGGAGGAGCGCUUCCUGGUGGAUGCUGACAUCAGCGCUGGUUGGAUGCACUCGGGCUACCCUGUCAUGGCAGCUGACAUGUAUGUAUGUAUGUACAUACAUGUAUGGAUGCAUGUGCAGGCUCAGGGCGCAUGGGGCCCCUACCACGAGCUGGGGCACAACCACCAAUGGAGCGAGAUGCAGUUCUCCGGAACCACCGAGAGCUUUGUCAACCUCUUCACCGUGUAUGUGCUGGAGAUGACUGGUGUGCCCCAAACGGCCUGGGGCAACUGGGACAACGUUUCACCGACGGGGCGUGCCGCACUUCGCGCCAAGUAUUUCGCCGAUGGUGCUAACUGGGCGCGAGACUGGGACGUAUGGGUAGCUCUGGAUACCUACCUGCAGCUGAAGGAGGGCUUUGGCUGGAACUUCUACCGCAGGCUGUACACUGCCUACCAACAGAUGCCCCUACCGCUUCCGGCCGAUAACGUGCAGACCUGGAUACAGACGAGCAGCAAAAUGGCUGGUGUCAAUCUAGUCCCGUUCUAUCAGAAGUGGAAUUUCACUGUGACCCAGGACACCAUCAAUGCUGUGGCCUCUCUGCCAACUUGGACGAGCAACCCCUUCAAUGCACAAGGAUAAAAUUGAUCCAAAAUAGCUAUUGCAGCAUAUAAUGAUGCUAACCAGCUGGGAAUGAAUACGUGUCUUCUUUCGGUGGACAUACAUGCGCGAAUUUACACGUGCAGAUGUGGAUACAAUUCGCGAGACGCAGCCUAACAUAUAUAGCUAGGCCAACAUGUAAACGCAGCGCCGUACGCUGCGUCGCGACCUGUUCCCAAGCUAAUAAACGAGCACAAAAUAUUGCUGUAGCUGUUACAACUCAAUAUCUCAAUAUCUUGCAUUUUUGAAUUUUCCGGGAUUGAAAGAAAUGGCGGGCGUGCGGGCGGGCUGGGGGGAGGGGAGGGCUACUCGUUUCUUAUUAGAAAUUUGCAUGUAUGUGCAUGUGUAUGUACAUGCAGCCGCCGGAAGACCUAGAUUCAUCAGAGAUGAGAAGAAGGGGCUUCUUGCAUUCCAUCGAGCGACGCAAGCUUGCUGGCCGCGGGCUUCAUUCCUCUUACAAACCAUGGUUUCAUUGUAUACGACGCGUACCCCCUCCCCCCGCCAGCGGGGUAGUCGUUCAUGGUGAAAACCUAAAAGUAUGUAUGCGCUGCAGUAGCGGGCCCGAACUGCUGAAUAUUGUACGAGGGAAGCUAGGUCUGAAUUUGCCUCCGUUUCGUACAUGUGAUUGUGCAGUACUAAUAGCACGUGGUAACGAACCAACCAACCGUCAGCAAAAGGAUGACGUUGGCCGAGCUUUCCAGCGGCUGAUGAUGCGUAACAAAUCAUCAUGACUCGCACUGGUACCCAUUUGUUUGGCCACGUAUGGUUUUAUGUAUUAUUAGUUGUGCGUACACACACGUUUAAAGACCAGAUAUCCUCCGUGGCCCCCGGCAACUUGGGAGGCAACUUUGCACCCAUCCAAAUACGCCGUAUUUUACGUAGCAGUAGUACACGGCGUCAUCAUCACGGCCGCGCCUCAUCACACUGUGGGUGCGUGGGGUUGUCGAAUGGGGGGUAGUAUACCAGUAUAUUCAUGUACUGCUUGCUGAACACAUCCCGUGGAUACCACCCCUCUUCUUCCCAUUGGCCGAUUGGGAAACUUGGGGCGCUGAUGGUCACUAGUAGAGCUAUAUACCUCUUGCUUGCUAUACGUGAAUUAGAUCUUUACAUCGAGAAUUAGGUAUAGCUAGCUCUGAUUGCGACCACGUGGCCGUGGACGAUAAUGCGAUCGAUGCAGCGGCGAGCAGUGUGGCGAUUGGAUUGUUAUCGAGUCAUCGAGCUCGAGUGGUGAACCAGCUGGUUCUCGCAUUGCAGCAGGAGGCAGUUGUUCUGAAUCGUGGACUCCUUGGAUAGGGCUUUCCCUCAAUAUAUGUAUGUAAGUAUGUAUGUAUGUGCGUAUGAUGCGUAGCUGGUACAGUGACCAGGUGGUGGUGGCUGCGGCAGGUGGUGAGCAGGCGGUGGCACGGGCAUUCACCGCGAGCGGUGAGGCAGCCACAUACACCAUCUGCAUCGAUCUGCACGCAGCAACCCUGUGGAUGCACGGCUGGUCGGUGGACGAGAAACUAAAAAAUAGAGUAUACCUGUGUGAAUAAGGUUAAUUUUCCGGAUGAGGAAAAUAAAGUUGUUUGAUGAUACGGAUUUGACAAGAUGGGUUAUGUUGAUGUUGUUUGCUAGAUAAAGGAGAAAGCUGCCUUGCAACGAAAUAGGAGGAACGACAUGUAACUGACUGGAUGAUGGGCACGCUAGCUAUUGAGGAAUAGGGCGCGGGCUGGGACCAUCGGUUUGCAUUCAGCAGCGUGAUCCGCUGACAAACAGCCGUAAAAGUUGGCCUAGGGUAGGGGGCUGUAAGACUCUGCAAGGGGAAUAUCCUCGGCCGCAAGUCCGGCAGCUCGCGCACCAAUAAGUCGAUACGUAGACCCCGAACCGGCAGAAUUGUAAUUUGUU